UCUGUUGCUUCUCCAUGCUCUCGAAUUAAGAAAGGAAGGAAAGACGGGAUUAAUGGCGGAAGAGGGGCAAACCCUAGACGACACCGAGACCUUUCGAAGAGUUAGGCAGAGGAUUGCCGAGAAAUCCAAGAGGGUUGUUGAGACGAAGGAUAAGACUAAGGAGAUCCUCUCCAAGCAGGCCAUCAAGAUUGCUAAGCAAGCGGAGGAGCACGAGCGAUUCAUCACAAAGGUGACUCAUUUGCUUGGUGUUCUUGGAUUUGGCGCAUUUUGCUUCAUCUUGGGUGCUCGACCUCAAGAUGUUCCAUAUGUGUAUUGUGUGUUCUAUGUUACAUUUGUUCCUCUCCGCUGGAUAUACUAUAGAUGCAAGAAGUGGCAUUACUACCUCUUGGGGCCACUAGCUUGGGCUUUGAUUGUUUGGCGUUGUAGUCUGGUAUUUAGUUCUGCAGAUAAGAUUGUCAGUGUCUUGAUACAUCUCUUACCUGGAAUAGUUUUCUUCACCAUAAGGUGGUGGAACCCUGGAACCCUUGCAGCCAUGCACCCAGUAGGGAAAGCCAAAUCUUCAUGGCCUUAUGUUGAGGGAAAGUCCUACUUAUCUACAUGGUUGUUCGUGGUCCCGUUGGUUGCUUACACUUUAUGGCAACUUCUGUACUUCCUCGUUGUUAAUGUGCUACGCCGACAGCGUCUGCUACGUGAUCCUGAAGUUAUGACUUCUUACAGAGAACUAUCAAAGAAAGCACAGAAAGCAAACAAUGUUUGGUGGAGACUAAGCGGUUUGCUGGGUGAGCAGAACAGGCAGAUGAUGUACAUACUACUCCAAGCUGUGUUCACUGUGGCAACAAUGGCUCUCACGGUGCCCAUCUUCUUGUGCUAUGAAAUGCAUGUGAUUUUCCAAAUUCUGAAGGUUUCUGCGGCCAUUUGGAAUGGAGGUAAUUUUCUUCUUGAAGUGAUGCCAAGGCAGGUUGUUCUUAAGGAGAAGAUGAAACUGGAGAUACAGCCCUUGACCAUCCUGGAACAACCACUGGAGCAGCAAUUUUUGGCUCCUGACAUCAUUCAAGCUUCAGGUGAAUGACAAAGCUCUCAAACCAAUAGCUACUAUUUUUUGAUAGAAUCUAACUAUUGAGUUUUGUUCUGCUUUUUUAAUUUGAUUAUUUGUGAAUUUGUGCAAUGGUUUAUUAUAUUUUUUCCAAAGAGUAAAAUAUCAGCAGGCGUUUCAGUUACUCAUUACUUUGAAAGAGAAGCAUGUAACUUUACAAAUUACUGGAAUAUUAAAAUUUUCUCACUGUGUGUGGAAUUAGUUUUACUGCCAUUAUAAUUUAUUUAUUUAUUUGCCGCUGAAGGUUUUCUCUUUGUUAAUUAUUCCUGUUUAACUGUAAUUUUUACCGAUCCGGCUUCUCUUUCUUCAGGUUGUUUCUUUUUAAAUUUUUUUAAUUUUUCCUUUUUUUCCUACUCAUUUUUUGAAAAAUUACUGUUUGUUUUUAUUGUUCUGUUUGUUCUAUUUUUUUAAUAAAAUAAUAAUUUAUAUAUUUAUACCCUUUUUUUUUUAUCCAUCUAGAAUUAUUCACUUUUUAUCAAAAGACAGACGAUCUUAUUAUUAAGUAUUCGACUAGAAAACCACCACAUUUAACAGGCAAACAAUUAAAAGGAAAAAAAAAAA